UGCCGAAACUAUCACAAAAACUUGAAAACGCAACGCCUAAAAAUGUUUUCUCUUUAACCUUUUUUUUCUUUCUCUCCUCCUUCGUAACAUUUUCCAAAGAAGCAAAUCUGUCGCUUGAGAGAUGAGGAAGAACAAUAAGAUCGGAAGCGUCGUACGGAUCCGUCAGAUGGUGAAACAAUGGCAGAAGAAAGCUCACAUCGGAUCCAACAAGGAGCCUGUUUCCGACGUUCCUCCAGGCCACGUGGCCAUUUCCGUCGGCGAGAAUCGGCGGAGAUACGUCGUCCGCGCGAAGCAUCUGAACCACCCGAUCUUCCGACGGCUCCUGGCGGAGGCGGAGGAGGAGUACGGGUUCUCCAAUGUCGGUCCGUUAGCGAUCCCCUGCGACGAGUCGUUGUUCGAGGAGAUCAUUAAGGUCGUGAGCCGGUCGGACUCGUACGCGACGUUGGAGGAUAUCAGGAGAUGCAGACACGUGGGGAUGGCGAAGAAGCUGGAGUAUCUAUGCGAAUCUCGGCCGUUGCUUCCUGGGAUUGCUGAAAAACCUGUAUGCUAAAGGCUAAAACCGGAAUCAAUUGAGUUUGCAAACCGGAUUUGAAUUGAAUGCUUUGGUUAGAGAGACUUUUUUCAAUCUCUCUAAUUAGAGAUUUGGUUUCCUUUUAAUGUCUUUUUUAUAUUUAUUUUCGUUUUUGCUAAUUUGAUGAUUCUAGUUUGGCAGGGAAAUUAAGGAGAUGGCAAUUAGGGGUUUGAUUGUUUUUUUAUUUGGUUUAUCGCUAAUGUCAUCCCAGGAUUGAAAGAAAGGUUGAAGGAGGUUGUGUUUGGUUAGAGAUCCUCAGUUUUAGAUUUAGAUGUUUUGGAUUUAGUCAAAAAUCCAUUUUUAUUUUGUUUUUGGCUAUUUUCAUUUUGUAUGUUCAGAUUUCUGGAUUUUAACUGAGGAAAUAAUAAAGAAAUUUGAAGA